CUGCAGACUAGGAACGUUGCACCAAUACGUUUGUUUGUUUGUUUGUUUGUUUGUUUGUUUGUUUGUUUGUUUGUUUUUUUCAUCAGAAGAGAGUGUUUUCAUCUCAGGAGUUUUUUGCUGUGAAUUUUUCAAAGAUGGAAGUGCCCUGGACAAUAUUCAUGAUCCUACUGUUGACAAGAAACACUUCAGCAACACUGGUCACCAGCUGUGAUUCUUGCCAUGGUGAAGCCUCCUGCUUGGAGUCCAGAGGAAGAGGCGACUCUUUUACCAGCUUCUCCUGUGCUUGCAGAGAUGGUUUUGUUGGUGAUGGUCUGACCUGCUAUGACAGAAAUCUCUGCAACAACUCUCCGUGCUGUGAGCGAGGUUAUCGGUGGUCUCCAGACCUCGGCUGUGUUGACAUUGAUGAGUGCUCUCAGCAGAGCUCCCCGUGCCCAGAUCAUCAGAUUUGCUCCAACAGASCAGGGUCCUAUGAAUGCCUGCAGCCUUCCUCCAACAGCAGAGCAGGUCUCUCCUCCCAGUCGGUCCAGCUCAGCUGUGGAGACGCAGUUUGUCCUCCAGGCAUGGACUGCAUCCAGACUGAUGGCAAUGCCAGAUGUGCCGAUCCCUGUGAGCACUACUCUGUAGUGGAGGAUGACUGGCGUUCAACAAACAACACUUCAACAGAUAUUCACUGUGACCAAGACAUUGAGUGGCGGGGCUGGUAUCGAAUGUUUUUGGAACAAAAUAGUGCCCGGAUUCCAGAGAGGUGCAUCGCUGAGAGAAGGUGUGGGACACAUGCUCCAUUGUGGAUCACAGAACCUCAUCCAGGGGUGUUAGAUGGAAUUGUAAGUCGUACUGUAUGCUCUGCCUGGAGUGGCUCCUGCUGUUAUUUUAGCACACACACGGUCUAUGUCAAGCUCUGCCAUGGAAACUACUAUGUCUACAAACUAGCAAAGCCAUCAACAUGCCAUCUUGCAUAUUGUGCAGAAGUCGAAGAGCCUCCUGUUCAACUUACUUGUGGCCGAGAUAAACUCCAAAUAGGACUGCAUCUCAAUAGCAUGCAGUCCUUUGGUUUGGAUCCAUUCUCUGGACACUUUGCUGCUCGCAACUGCUCAAGGUUCAGAGUUCAUGGGGAUGUUGUGUGGUACGAGGUGGAGGCUCGAUCCGGCGCCUGCGGAAAUAUAAUGACGAUCAACGGCACACAUGCCACCUUUGGAAACAAUUUAUUUCUCUACUCAUCAAACAAUGAAUCCUUCCUGCUUCCCAAGAGAUUUCCAUUCUCCUGUUCGUAUCCCUUGGAAACUGACACCAGUCUGAAUGUGGCUGUGAGACCAACUUUAGAGUGGGAACGAGGUAUUUCAGGUACAGGUGUAA